ACGAAAAAGAAUAUGUCUUCAAAAAUUGCAACUAGAAUUGCAUUAAAUGGAUUCCAUCCGUCCAUGGAUAUAGUUUACUCUACGUGGCGGAAGCCAAAACCAUUGAAGACCAAUAUCAAGGGCCGAAAUAAAGCUAAUAUACAGGCUAUGGCAUUAAAUGGUCCGUCCAUGGAUAUAGCUUACUCUACGUGGCGGAAGCCAAUACCAUUGAAGACCAAUAUCAAGGGCCGAAAUAAAGCUAAUAUACAGGCUAUGGCAUUAAAUGGUCCGCCCAUGGAUAUAGCUUACUCUACGUGGCGGAAGCCAAAACCAUUGAAGACCAAUAUCAAGGACCGAAAUAAAGCUAAUAUACAGGCUAUGGCAUUAAAUGGUCCGCCCAUGGAUAUAGCUUACUCUACGUGGCGGAAGCCAAAACCAUUGAAGACCAAUAUCAAGGACCGAAAUAAAGCUAAUAUACAGGCUAUGGCAUUAAAUGGUCCGUCCAUGGAUAUAGUUUACUCUACGUGGCGGAAGCCAAAACCAUUGAAGACCAAUAUCAAGGACCGAAAUAAAGCUAAUAUACAGGCUAUGGCAUUAAAUGGUCCGUCCAUGGAUAUAGCUUACUCUACGUGGCGGAAGCCAAAACCAUUGAAGACCAAUAUCAAGGACCGAAAUAAAGCUAACAUACAGGCUAUGGCAUUAAAUGGUCCGUCCAUGGAUAUAGCUUACUCUACGUGGCGGAAGCCAAAACCAUGGAAGACCAAUAUCAAGGGCCGAAAUAAAGCUAAUAUACAGGCUAUGGCAUUAAAUGGUCCGUCCAUGGAUAUAGCUUACUCUACGUGGCGGAAGCCAAUACCAUGGAGGACUAUCCAGUACGGAAAUAAAGCUAAUAUACAGGCUAUGGCAUUUAUUCAGCGUAUAUCAAAAACCAAACCCUUUGGCUGGGUUACUUCAAUGAAAGAUUGGAAGGAUCGUAGCACUGUGCUGGAGGAAUUAUUGGCACUUAUGCAUCACUUCAAGGGGAAUCCUGAUUUAUCCGAUGACGAUUGGUUGCAAUUCCCGGAUCUUCCCGAAACCAUUAUUAUUUUAAGAAGUUCUCGAAAUUCAAUAUUUCCAUAUAUUAAUGAUCCCAACUACUUUAUGACGAGAAGAAGGAAACGCCAGACAGAUAAAGAGGCCAAAAAAAAAACAAAUGAAAACCAAACUUCUAAACUAUUAGAGCCUACUGAAAAGAAGUUCUUAGAGCUAGAAGGUAAUUCAAAUCAAUUGAUUCUAGAGCCUUAUCAAAUUCAAGAAAUGGGUUUACUUUUCAUACAACUUAAUGAUUUGGGUUUGCUUAAGAGGAUAACAUGAUUUACAGGGCAAUCCAACAUCCUCCAAGACGAGAAAACUAAACUGAAAUUGAAAAAACUUUACUUGAUUUUCACUAAAAAGAGGAUAUCAUGUUCUUCGAUUCAAGUUUUUCACUAAUUUCAAUACAAAUUAAUAGAGAAUUAGCUUUAAAGAAACAUAAAAAAGA